CUGCGAUGUAUUAGCCUGAUUURAACUUAAAAAUCUUUACCAGUGAUGGCUGUGGUGAAAGUUCUCUUCCUCAGUCAGUUUCUAAUGAUAGGGAAGACGCUGAAYAUCAAGUUUUUCCCAUGUUACGCUGAUGUGAAUUCCACCAAGGUGGACUGCUCUGACAGACCUCUCAUGCACGUCCCACCCUUUAAGUCUGCUUCUGUGUUGUCCAUCAAUUUGAGUCAUACUAAGAUACAGAAAGUGAAGGAUCACGCUUUUGCAGGUGUCCCAAAACUGAAUACGCUGGAAAUAAGGGAUACUUGUCUGCCAGGAAAUCUGAGGACCCCGGGGCAAGAGCACUGCAAAAUGGAGAUAGACCGGGAAGCCUUCAGACACCUGCAACAUCUUACACAUCUGAUUCUGUCUGGAAACAGCCUCACAUCCAUUCCUCUAUUACCUGAGAGCUUACAAGUCCUUGAUCUACAGAACAAUUGCAUUGUCAAUAUUAUUGUCCCCUUAAAUACUCCAWAUCUUGAAGCUUUAUUACUUUCUAGGAACUGCUUUUAUGCAAACCCUUGUAAUCAGUCCCUUUACAUAAAUGGGACUGUUUUCAGAAAUCUUCCUAAACUCAAAAACCUUACUUUGGGGUAUGACAAUUUGACAGCUGUUCCUAAAGAGUUGCCAACUUCACUUGAGGUACUUGAUUUAAGAGAGAAUACAAUCACAGAAAUUCCCAAUAACACAUUUGCCAACCUGACAAACCUCACAKACCUGAAUGUGGAGUGGAACUGUCAGCGUUGUGACCAUGCAGCAAGGCCCUGCUUCCCUUGCCCGCAAAAUCACCCGUUGAAAUUACAUCCAGACUCAYUUUUUUCUGAAAAUAGCUCCAUCGUCUUCCUCAGCUUAAGAGGAAAUUCUCUGAAAACAUUUCCUCAGGGUCUUUUUGCACCACUGAAAAAUUUAAAGAGACUGGACAUCUCUGACAACUUUCUGGGUUAUGAGAUGCAAAAUGGCACCUUUUUUAGAGAACUGAAAGGCCUCACUUGGAUUAGCCUCAUUUAUAACUAUGAACCACUGAAGACAUUUUCAAAACUGAACCUGUCCCCCUUUAUUGGCAAUAUAACACAGUUGCAAAACCUUUUGCUGAGUGGCAACUUCUUCCGCACACUUUCAGAAGAGAGUUUUGACGUUUUGUCAAAUCUUAAACAACUAAAAUURCUAGAACUGAGAAUGAACUUUAUCAGCAACUGUAACUUAACCUCUCUCAAGAAGGUACCAUCUCUUACCACUUUAGUCCUCUCACAAAACAUGCUUAAUUUCAUUCCGUGCUGCUCGUCAUUGUCAUUUGGGGUUGUAGCGCAAGAAAGCUGUCAGAACCAGAACUCGUAUACCAAUCAUCUCCAAGACACACCUYCUAUUGUAAUCGAUCGAGAACCUGUGUCUAGAGAGAAUGUCUGGGAAUCCAGCAAAUCAAACGAGCUGGAAUUCAAGGAAAAAAGUUURUGUCAAAUUCCAUCACUGGGGAACUUCAAACACAAGUACUGUUCAGAUAGGCUGACAUUUAAUCUUUCUCAAAAUGACAUUUUAUCGCUUAACAAAAAUGUAUUUUUAGGCAUGGAAAACGUGGUCUGUUUAGACCUUUCUUACAAUUACAUGAGCCAGACUUUAAGAGGUGGGCUGUUUGAUAGCAUGAAGCAGUUGGUAUUUCUUAACAUGUCUUACAAUAGACUUGAUCUUUAUAACAGAGAAAUUUUCAGUGAACUUAAUGCCACAUUGAAGGUAUUAGAUGUUAGUAACAAUGACUUUCAUUUUAAAAUGAAGGGUAUGGGCCACCGCUUUGAAUUUCUUCCAAAUCUGUCCAAUUUAGAAGUGCUAAGUCUGGCAAACAAUGGCAUUGGGAUGCGAAUAGAUCAACAACUGAAUAGCCGGUCCUUGAAGUACCUUUACUUCUAUGGAAAUGAUCUGGACACAAUGUGGGGGUCUACAAACAAUAAAUACACACAUUUUUUCCAAAACUUGACUAAUCUCACAUACCUGGACAUCUCUGACAAUAAUCUGAAGUCAGUCUCACCAGAGGUGUUAUGCAACUUCCCAGUAAGCAUUACGAGCCUAUGCAUCAGCCACAAUACUCUGAAGUAUUUUCCCUGGCAAAACAUCUCAGCUCUCAGCAAUUUAUGUCACCUGGACCUGAGUCACAACUUCUUGCAUGAGUUGGUUCCAGAAGCAAUACAAUUUGGAGCCACUUUUUCCUUUCUGGACCUCAGCCACAACCACAUUUCUUCUAUUCCGGAGAAUUUCUUCAGUGAAGCAAAGUCCUUGCAGAAUCUAUUUCUCAAUCACAACCAGAUCAAAGUGGUAAACCAUCAGCACCUCCCAGCCCCCUUUCUAAAUGGCAGCAGCCUUCAGAUACUCACUCUGCACGAGAACCCCUUCAAAUGUGACUGCAAUACGUCCUGGUUUGCAGACUACUUGAGAACCACUUCAGUAAAGAUUCCUUAUUUACUGACACUGGUACAAUGUGRAUUCCCAGAAUCACAAGAAGGUCAGAUUCUACUGUCCAUGGACCAGCGUUCCUGUCAGGAAAUCUACGGCAGCCUGGCCUUCCUGUUCUCUUCCUUCCUCGCUGUGAUGUUAACUGUUCUUCCUCUGCUGAAGCAUCUGUAUGGUUGGGAUGUGUGGUACUGCUUGCAGGUUCUCUGGGCAGGACUUAAAGGCUACUCCCAGUUGCCUGGUAGCGAUUCAGGUCAUCGUUAUGAYGCUUUUGUGGUGUUUGACACCAUGAACCCGGCUGUGAGGGACUGGGUUUACAAUGAGUUGACUGUCAAUCUGGAGAACUUGGGCAACAGGAGAUUUUCCCUCUGCUUGGAAGAAAGRGACUGGAUUCCUGGGCUUUCAUGCAUCGACAACCUACAUAAUGCUGUCCACAGCAGUGUGAAAACAGUGUUUGUACUGUCUAGGGGUGCAAACGUAAGUGAGCUGGUAAAUGGCACGAUCCGCCAGGCUUUCUUCAUGGUUCAGCAGCGGCUGCUGGAUGAGAAGGUUGAUACAGCUGUGCUAGUUUUGCUGGAUAAAAUGUUUCCGAAACUGAAGUACCUUCAGCUGAGGAAGAGGUUGUGCAGAAAGUCGGUACUUUCCUGGCCGAGAAACCCGAAGGCCCAACCGCUGUUCUGGAAUCAGAUGAGAAUGGCACUGUCAUCAGAUAACCUUUCAUUUUAUGAUAACAAGAUGAGUGAAAGUUUUAUAUGAUUUCUCUGUAACAGGGAACUGUUGAGAASUUUUUUGGGAUUUUGGU